AAGUACGUUAGACUUUUGAUAGCGUUGCAGCGCUUAAACUUCUGUUAUAGGGGUGAAGGGGCAGGGCGUGGGAACGACCAAUAAAAAGAAGAAGAAGAAGGGGCAAGGCGGUCGUGUAGAAGUGCUGACACGCGCUGACAAAUUGAGAAGUGAGACGGGCCGAGUGCACAGAUUUACUGUAUAAUAAAGAGCCAUGGCCUUAAGAAGUGUUGCUGCCCGGCUCCUGAGAUGUCACCAUCAAAAGGUGGCCUGUACGGCAGGGAGAAAUCAAGGCACCUCUGCUGCUCAAAAAGAAAAAGAUGCAAAGCUGGAACAGAAGACAAAGCCAUCUAAAGUGCAGUUUGACUGGCAGGAUGCCUUAUGCUUGGAAAGCCAGCUGACGGAGGAGGAAACAAUGAUCAGGGACACUUUCCGCACCUACUGUCAGGACAAACUAAUGCCGCGCAUACUCCUGGCAAACCGCAAUGAAGUCUUUCACAGAGAAAUUUUGACUGAAAUGGGAGAACUCGGGGUCUUGGGACCAACUAUUAAAGGAUAUGGAUGUGCUGGAACGUCCUAUGUAGCAUAUGGUCUGAUUGCAAGAGAGGUGGAGAAGGUAGACAGCGCUUAUCGGUCUGUGAUGAGCGUCCAGUCUUCCCUUGUAAUGCACCCUAUAUAUGCUUAUGGGUCAGAAGAGCAGAAACAGAAGUAUUUGCCAAAGCUCGCUACCGGGGAGUUGCUGGGUUGUUUUGGAUUGACAGAACCAAAUCAUGGCAGUGACCCGGGUGGCAUGGAAACUCGGGCCCGAUACAAUCCCUCCAGUCGCACGUUUACUCUGAAUGGUUCCAAAACCUGGAUUACCAACUCGCCAAUGGCAGAUGUGUGUGUUGUUUGGGCAAAGUGUGAAGAUGGAAAAGUGCGUGGAUUUAUUCUGGAGAGAGGCCUGAAGGGUCUUUCCACCCCCAAGAUUGAGGGCAAGUUCUCCUUGAGGGCUUCCACAACAGGAAUGAUCAUCAUGGAGGAUGUGGAGGUGCCAGAAGACUGCCUUCUGCCACAUGCUUCGGGUUUAGCGGGACCGUUUGGAUGUUUGAACAAUGCUCGAUAUGGUAUCUCCUGGGGGGCUCUAGGGGCUGCAGAAUUCUGUUUUCAUACUGCACGCCAGUACACCUUGGACAGAAUCCAGUUUGGAGUUCCUCUGGCCAGGAACCAACUCAUUCAGAAGAAGAUGGCGGACAUGUUAACUGAAAUCACCAUCGGUCUUCAGGCGUGUCUCCAGUUGGGACGGCUGAUGGACCAGAAGAAGUCGGCCCCAGAGAUGGUGUCCAUGUUGAAGCGCAACUCCUGUGGGAAAGCUUUGGAUAUUGCACGACAGUGCCGGGACAUGCUGGGGGGCAACGGCAUUGCAGAUGAAUACCAUGUCAUACGCCACGUGAUGAAUCUAGAAGCUGUCAAUACUUACGAAGGGACUCAUGACAUUCAUGCGUUGAUCCUCGGCAGAGCGAUUACUGGACUGCAGUCUUUCACCGUUGGAAAGUAACACUUUUUCAAAGAUGGGGAAAUUCAUAAAGACACUUAACAGGGGAAUGGAUUCCAGCUUCACUUUUACCAAUGAAAUGUUGAAUUAAUCGCUGCACACGCAUCCUAAUUGCCUUCGGACAACAUAAAUGGUACAUUCGUAAAACACGAGUGAGGCGCUGUACAUGAAAUUGAGUUUUUAAUAAACUGUUAUAGCACCCCUCCAGAUUUCUGGAACAGAUGAAAUAUUCCAUGUAAUUUUUCCUUUUUCUAAUGGUUAAUUGCAGAUCUUUUCAUUUUUCUUUCCCAAUUAUGUUUUAGUAGCUUUAAAGAGUAAGCAGCAAACUGAAUAUCUACUGCUGUGGACCGGCGCCCCGUGUAGGGGUGGUUCCCACCUUGCGCCCCUACUUCAGGCCCCUCUCAUGUGACGUUGAGGUGGAUUGUGUGUUUUUGAGAGUGUAGUGCUUCGCGGACACUUUUGGGUUUUUUAAAAUGAGUACGUUUUACAUUUUCAACAGAGUGAACAUUUAUAAAUUUA